AUACAUCAAAUCCGUCAACCCCUUUGAUGUAAUCUUAACACAGCUUCAAAUUCAUUAACACCCUUUCAGUUUUCAACAAUUUAAUGCUGAAAGGAAUGACAAAAAACAAUAAGAUUAAACGCUUUCGUCAAAGGAAAAAUAUAAACAUUGUGAACCGAAAUUAAGUUGGAACUGAACAAAAUCUCCUGUGUGGUGCCUCGGAAGUUUCCUAACAUUCUUGUUGAUGUCAUAUUUAUGCUGACGAUCAUCACGGGAAGUGCUUUCUCCUUUUUUCUGAGUAAUGGACUAAAAGUAAAUACACAAUAUUAUAAGAAACAAAUGAUUCGGACUAUAUAGUAACCAAAAAAGUUUCAAAAGUGCAAUGUUUUCUAAAUUAUUUUCUUUGUUUAUAUUUGCCGUUGUUAUAAUAAGUGAUGUUAAAAGCUUUAAAACAGGAGUUACAAGACAAUCAUGUACAAGUAUGAGACCAGAACAUAAAAGACCAAAUACUAACUGGGAAUAUGCUCCACAAUUUACGCGGGAUCCACCAUUUGAAAUAAAAGUAAAUACAACAAAAGUUAAACCAGGAGAACUUGUCGAAGUUGUUUUAACAUCCAAAGGAAAAUAUGAUUUUUUCAAAGGCUAUUUUAUGCAAGUUUUUGAGGACAAAAGUUUCUUUAGUAAAAUUAUACCAUUACCUCAGGGGUCAUGGAUACCUUUAGGAAGGUCAAGGACAUUACAAUGCCACAUUUAUGAGGAUAGUAUCAGUCACACAGAGGCAUCAUAUAAAAGAAAUGUAACAAUGCUAUGGAGAGCUCCGAUGGCAGCAACCCAUCCUUUUAAAGUAAAAGCUACAGUUGUACGGAACUAUACUCAUUAUUGGGAAGAUAUCUGGUCGCCAACAAUUUAUCCUACUGAAAUGAUUACCAUAGUAACACCACCAGUAAACCCAAAUCCUGCACCGGCAACUCAAAACAAGGAAAACGAGAAAAAAGACCUACUUGAAUCUUUAGCAAAAGAAGUUGGAGCCGAUAGCGCAAAAGAACUAUUAGAAAUAUUGAGGCAAAAAGUAGAUGAGAAAAACAACCCAGCGCCCUCACCUGCGUCAACAGCUGCUCCAACUAAAACAGCCGACCAAAAAAUUGACGAAUUGAAAAAAAAUAAUCCAGAGACAGCAAAAAAAAUCGAAACGGCCGCAAAAAAUCCCAGCAUUUUGGAUAAAGUUAAAAACUUAUUUGGGGGUAAGUCGGAAGGGGAGAAAAAAAGUGGUGGAUUCUUAUCGAGUAUGUUAGGAGGCGGAAGUGGAAUGAUGAGCAUGCUCCCAAUGUUACUGCCUAUGUUGACAAAGGGCAAAGGAGGAGGAGGAGGAGGAAUGGGAGGAAUGUUGUCUUCAUUAAUGGGUGGAGGAGGAGGAUCAUCGAAUCCUAUGAUGUCUAUGAUGUCAAGUAUGAUGGGAGGCGGCGGCGGAGGUGGAGCAGGGGGAUUGAUGUCCCUCCUUGGAGGCGGAGCACCAAAGAAAUCAAGUAAUCCGCUGGCAGCACUAAUGGGUGGCGGAGGAGGUGGUGGUGGUUCAUCCAAUCCAUUGGCAGCAUUUAUGGGAGGCGGUGGUGGCGGCGGAGGAGGCUCAAAUCCAUUGGCAGCAUUGAUGGGUAGUGGUGGUGGCGGCGGUAGUUCAAAUCCAUUGGCAGCAAUGAUGGGAGGUGGAGGAGGUGGUGGACAAAGACAAGGAGGAGGGGGUAACCCAAUAAACGAUUUAAUGUCAAAUCCUGCUAUCUCGUCAAUGUUGAAAAGUAUGACCGGUGGAGGUCCUAGACCACCACCAACAGGAGGCGCUGGUGGACAAAAUCUAGCUUCACUUCUUGGAGUUGACCCUAAUGCCGGUGCACCAAGAGCUGAACUGGCAGAAAAUACUUCUGGGACGAAAGCAAGACCUAUAAAUAACAAUGCUUUUCCGCAAAUGAUUGGAAACACACAGAGACAGAAUACAAUGGGAGGAUCCAACAAUAGAAGGGGCGGAUCAAGUAAUGGAAUGGGCGGAUCCAACAAUGCUAUGGGCGGGUUUCAAGGUAUGCAAGGAACACAAAACGGAAAUGGACAAUUUCAAGGAAUGAACAGCCAAAUGGGAGGAUUUAAUUCCCAACAGGGAAGAUUCGGCGGGCAACAAAAUAUGGGACAGAAUCAGUUUAAUCGACCUCAAACAUCAGGUCAAAUGAAUGGCGGCAUGACAGGAUCGUUUGGAAGCCAACAACAAGGUCAGAACAGAUUUCAAAACCAAAAUAACAUGAAUAAUCAAUUUAAUCAAGGUAUGAAUUCUGGGCAGACAGGUCAAAAUGGGUUUCAACAAACACAAUCUCAGCAAAACCAGCAAUCUACAGUGGUUGACAUGAAUAAAAUUCAUAGUAUGAUGAACGGUCCAAACGGAAAUGCAGUUAAGAAUGCAAUGCAAGAAAUGAUGGCAGGUAGAAAAACAGCGGCAGAAGUUAUGAGCUUGGUAAAUUCUCAUCCAAACGGUGGGUCGCAUACAAAUGGACAAACUGGAUUGAAUAAUGGAAAUGGUAAUCCAGCUGGAAACAAUGGAUUCAAUAAUGGAAUGUCAAAUUCCAAUGGACAAGGAGGAUUCAAUAAUGGAAAUCCAUCCGGAAGCAACGGUUUCAAUAGCGGAAUGUCGAAUUCCAAUGGACAAGGAGGAUUCAAUAAUGGGAAUAGAAAUCCUUCAGGAAACAACGGAUUUAACAACGGACAGUCUAAUUCCAAUGGACAAGGAGGGUUCAAUAAUGGAAAUCCGUCUGGAAACAAUGGAUUUAAUAAUAGAAUGCCAAAUUCCAAUGGAGGACAAAACGGAUUUAAUAAUGUAAUAACUAAUCAAGCUGGAAAUGGUGGAAGCAACACUGGGAUGGGAAAUAAUGGCGGACAAGGCGGAUUCAGUAAUGGUAUGCCGGGUCAGAAUGGAAAUCAAAACAAUCAACAAUCUUUUAACCAAGGCGGAAAUGGUCAAAUGCCUCACAACGGUAACACAAAUCAUAAUGGUGGAGGACACAGUGGUCAAGGUCCUAACCCAAAUAUAAACCCUCCACCAGAUAAUACACCUAACACCGGAAGUAGUAGUUUUAUGGGGAUGCCAGAUUUCAGUCAAAUGGCAGGUGGUCAGUCAUCAAAACCCUCAAAUUCUAUGUCAUCGUUUGAUAUGACAAGUUUUAUGGGUGGUGCAGGAAAGGGUGGCUCCAGUGGAGCUAGUGGCGCUAGUGGACAGCCGGAUUUAAGCAGUUUAAUCAAUGGUUUGAAAGAAAAUCCAGAAUCACCAGACAUUUCAAAGUUAUUGGACGGUGUUGACAUGGAUAAAAUGGGAGGGAUGCUUGGUAUGCCUGGUAUGAGUGGGGAUGACUUAAAAGGGUCUUUAGGAGGACUAUUGAAUGGACCACAAGGCUCAAGCCUUCUAAGCGCAGCAUCUGCAUUGAUGUCAGGAAGCAAAGUCGAAGAUUCAAAUCCACUAGCCGGUCUUCUAAACGGCCCAAAUGGAGACAAGAUUAAAAGCAUGGCAGGUGAUUUAAUGAGUGGAAAGGGAGGUGGAUUAGCCUCACUAAUGGGUGGCGGGGGCGGCGGAGGUGGAUUAGGCGGAAUGAUGGCAAUGUUUGGAUAAACCGUCUUUGUAGAAAGUGUGGAAGGAUAGGGCAUGACAAAUUGUAGAAGAAUGGGACAUAACAAAUUGUAAAAAUGGAAAUUUUCAAAUUGACGAAAUAUAGAAAAUUAUUUAUAAAAGUGUAUGGUUUUAAGAUACAUUGUAAAUUAUCAUUAAUUUGGGAAUUUUUGCUAUAACUUUCGAGUAGCUUAUCAAUUUAAGUAAAUGUAAGUUAUUUGUUAGUAUUUAUGCAGUUAAAUUAUACAUCGCACAUUAUUGUAAUUAUAUAAUGUAAUGUGUUGUGCUGGACACGACUAGAAAGAGUAGGUGCACAUCAGGAGUUAAAAUCAUUAAAGUAGGCCAUAACUUUAUGAAGAAUACAAUAAACUGUAUGUACGUGUAUGUGUGCAUUGCUGGUCAAUGUAUUACAGAUGUACAACAACAAAUAUAAAGGUUUUUUUUCAGUUUUGAGCAAACCAAUGUGAAAAUGAGAUUUAUAUACAUUGUUAUUCAGGAUGAAUUAUAAACUGC